AUGGCCGUCAGGGAUCUAGAGGGGGCGACGUGUCGCUUUCUGCAGCACUUCUUCUCCCUCUUGGACGCUCGUGAGCCGCAUCCGGCAUUGUUGGCGCAAGGUGAGGAGGGGGACGCGCCUCCGCUGCUGCAAGUCAAGCAACGUGCCGCCAUUGGGAAGCUGCUGCCAGAAUGGGCGCGCCUGCUUCUCACACAGGCGACGGAGCAACGGAAAGCGAGUGGGAAUGCUGGACGCAGCGACUCUCGUGGUGGUGCUCCUGCUGCGACAUCUUCUUUUUAUCUUGACGGCGAUGUGGUGGAGGGGUGGUUUGCGUUUCCGCACCUCGCACUCAUCUCCUCACCGUGGACGACGCGGCGGGUCCCUCCCCCUCGUAGUGCGACUCGUCAUCGCCUACUGCGCCACCUGCAGCAACGCUAUGAGUGUGGCGCCACGGCUGGAGAAGAGCGUAACGCAUUUGUGCAGGACAUGUUGCGCUCCCUGUCGCAUCACAAGGCUGCGGAUGGACGCAGCGUGGAGCAGUUGGCAUUUAUGCACGCUGUGGAGUCCCUCUUCCCCCACCAUUUGUCUAGCCAGUGCCACCAAGAGCCGCCGGUGGCACUGGUGGCGGCGGCGCUGUUCAGUGAGUGGUGCGCCGCUUCCGAGGGUGAUGCGUCCUUUGCCUCCACGCGCGUAUCACUCCAGGUCAUCGCGGAUGACCUCGCUGCCUAUCGCUCUGCCAACAACAGCCCCGCGCGUGAGGGGAACGGAGGCGCCACGACCAACAGGGUGGCAGAGCCAGGCCUGCGACGAGGCGAUGGCGAGGAUGUGGACGCCUGCGUGGUUGUCGGCACGCUUGCUGGUUUGGCCUGCGCGUACCCAAUGACCACCACGGAACGGGCAGGUGCCGACAGGAUGAGAGUCGCCGCUCAACCGCCGCGCAAGAGAGGACGAGGCGACGACACGGAUGACGACAACGAGGACGAGGAGGACGACGACGACGACGACGAUGACGAGGACUACGGUGGUAACGAUAGUGCCGAGGAUGAGGAGGAGAACACGAGUAGUCGCAUGAGUGAUGGCUAUGACAAGGUGCUGCGGUCGCGGCACCACCGGAUGAAUGCCUUUGUUAGACGUAACACUACCUUCUUUCGGGUUCCGCUUGCCUCACUCGUGCUGAACGUCUUCCACGUCAGGCAGGACGGCACGGGUGACGCGGUGAUGGAGCGUCAUAUCGUUCCCACCAGCAGCACCGAGGCCCACUUUCGCCGCGGUGAGCUGCUCUGGUUCAGCGUUGGCGAGUCAAAGCGGCACCGCAGCAUGUUGGAGUAG